CAACGGCUGCGGCCUUUAUACUCCCUUUUACGCAAUUCAUCCGGGGGCCAAGCUUCGAAGCAUCCCGUCAGUUUCCAGCGCCGUGUCUCUCGAUAGCCUCCGAGUCCGUCUCUUUGCCCUCGCCUAUCGCCUCCGCCUCCACCUCCAGCUUCACCACCUCAACCAUCAAUUAGCUAUCUCCAUCCUCCCCGUCUCUCCUCCUCCACCAUGGCUCCCGGAGCCGGAAAGAGUGUCUUCCUAGGGAACAUUCCCUACAACCUCACGGAAGAACAGGUUAAAGACAUCCUCAGCUCCGCCGGCACAGUAACCAAGUUCCGCCUGAUGAUGAACCCAGAAACCGGUAAACCCAAAGGUUACGGUUUCGCCGACUUCGCCGACGCCGAUGCAGCCGCCUCCGCCGUCCGCAAUCUGAACGACUACGAGAUCAUGGGGCGCAAGAUCCGAGUCGACUGGCCUCACAACAACGAGAAAGACUCCAUACCCCCAGACUACUCCCAAUUAAACGCACCCAUUAAUCAAGAUGGCGCCCAACAACAACAGCAACAACAAUCGUCUGCGCCUCUCCCUCCUCUGCCCCCGGGUGUCGAAGUGCCCCCGCACCUGGACUGCCCCAACGCCAUCUCCCAGACCCUCGCUUCUUUGCCCCCGAACCAGCUCCUCGAUGUCCUUUCCCAGAUGAAGUCGCUCGUCAUGGCAGACCCGGCUAGAGCGACGGAGCUCCUGCGCCAAGCACCCCAGCUCGCCUAUGCGAUUUUCCAGGCGCUGCUGCUCAUGAAUCUGGUUGAUUAUAGCACCCUCGGCUCGGUGGUGGAACAGGCAUCUCAACCUUCUGCGCCAGCACCUCCUUCUGCCGCAGCUCAGGCUUUCCAGGCCUUCUCUGCCGUGCCAGGACAGGUCUCCACGCCGCCGAUGGUGAACGCUCCCUUCGGUGCCGCAGCUGCGGCACCGCAGCAACAGCCGCAAGCAAUGCCCGGACAGGAGGAGCUCCUGCAGCAGGUGCUCAGCAUGCCACAGUCGGCGAUUGAUGCGCUUCCGCCUAUGGAGCGCAGCCAGAUCAUGCUCCUCCGGCAGCAGUUGAUGCAGGGUGCGAUGCGGUGAUACCUUGAUCAUCGUCCCAAUCUGUUUAAUACUCUACGAGAACAAAAGAACCGGGCGCAAGGAGGUAACAGUGCGGUGCAGGUUCAGAUUCAGACUCUAUCUUGAUGUUAGCAACGAUUUCGCUUUCAUUGAUCAAUACCGGAACCGGGGUGUGUUGGCGCAAUGGGGUUGUUGGUUGGUUUCGUUGUGGGUACAUCACACAUUACUUCUUCCUUUCGCCUUUCUUUCUUCCUCGGAAUUUCGGAAUGUACAGUUAGCACGGAUUGAUAGCAGCUGUCGCGGAUAUCCCCAGCAUUGAUUUUUUCGGCUAC